AUGGCGGUGCAGAAUGGAAGCGGAGGAGGACUGGGAGGACUGGGAGGACUGGGAGGACUGGGAGGACUGGGAGACGACGCGUCGAUGGAGGUGCGCGAGUCGAUCGAGGCGAAAGCGACGUCGCUAGCGGAUGCGGAUGCGGACGCGGAUGCGGAUGCGGACGCGGACGCGGACGCGGAUGGCGAGGCGGAUCCAGACAUUGAGAUGACGGAUGCGUCGGCCAUGGACGUGGUAUCGAGAGCUGGGAGGAGCGUGACGGCAUCGCGUCCGCCUCGCGACAGCCGCGACCUGUUGCAGCUGAUCGACACGACGGCGAACUUCCUCAGAGGCUACGAGGAGAAUGGUCAGGAGAUUGCGCUGGGAUUCAACCGGAUCCCCAACAAGCGACUUCUUCCGGAUUACUUUGACGUGAUCAAGGAGCCGGUUGCGUUCAGCACGAUUCGGGGCAAGGUGCAGAAGAAGCAGUACUCAAGCUUCUCGCAGUUUGUGCGCGACGUAGCGCUGAUCUGCCACAAUGCGCAGGUGUACAACCGGCCGUCGGCGCCGAUCUUCCAGGACGCGAUGCGACUACAGGCAGUGACCAAGGAGAAGCUGCAGGAGCUGGUCCGAGACGGGUCGAUCGGCGCGGAGGAGGCGGAGCUGCCGGACCUCGGAGAGAUUCCUGACUUCUCGCCAUCACCAGAGGCCGAGGGCAACGACAGCGGGGAGGAUUCAGAGGCGUCGGAGGAGUCGGAGGAAUCAGAUGACGAAGAAGACGAGGACGACGCGGAGGACAACGGCGACGGCAACAACAACGGGACCGGACGGAGCGGCCGACGACAGCCGGGAGGACGGACGCAAGGCAAGCAUGGACAGCCGCCACGGCUGCUGACAGCGAUGGAGGCACGGGUGCAAGCGGUGCUCCGGGGACUGCGGCAGAUGCGGGACGCGGACGGCGACCGGCUGACGGAGGCGUUCGAGACGCUGCCAGACCGGACACAGCUGCCGGAAUACUACGAGGAAAUCAAGCAGCCGAUGGCGCUGGACGUGAUCCGACGGCGGCUGCGGCGCAAGCAGUACAGCAGCGUGGAGCAGGCGAUGGCGGACGUGGAGCAAAUGUGCAACAAUGCGCAGCGAUUCAACGAGGACGGCAGCGCGAUCUUUGAGGCAGCAGUGGCACUGCAGGGCCGAAGCCGCGAGCUGGCGGCCCAGCAGCUGAGCCGGCCAGACAGCGACUUCCGCGAUGCAGACGGCCGAUUGCCACUGACAGCGAUCCCGGUGGCGGGCGGCAGCAGCAGCGAUGCGUGGCGGGUGGGUGACUGGGUGCACCUGCGCAAUGCCAACGACCCGGGCAAGCCGACGGUGGCACAGAUCUUCCAGACGUGGGCGGACGCGUCGGGUGGCGCGUGGAUCAGUGCGUGCUGGUACUUCCGGCCGGAGCAGACGGUGCACCGGUUUGACCGGCACUUUUAUGCACACGAGGUCUUCAAGACGGCGCGCUACCACGUCCAUCGGGUCGGCGACAUUGUCGGCCGCUGCUUUGUUAUGUCGGCACCACGCUUCAUGGCCGGCCGGCCGCGUGGACUGCCGGCCAACAUCGCCGUCUAUGUCUGCGCGGCUCGCUACAACGAGGUCACGUGCCGUUUCCACCACAUCGACGCCGCGGCCUGGCCUGCCUGCCUGCCCCACGAGCUGCGUGACGCCGCCGCGGCCGGCUCCGACUACGCCCUCGAUCUCUUCCCGACGCCGCAGCGCCUGUUGCUGCUGCCCAGCCCCAUCAAGCAUCUCCUGCGCGAGGAUGCCCGCGAGACCGACCCGCUGCCCAAGCCGACAUACGGAAACCCCAAUGCGCCUCCAAUGGUAGGCGCCGUGCACCGCCGGCCGCGCCUGCCUAAUGAAUCUCCCCCGCCCGAACCCCAGCUGCCCGGCCAGGGACUCCCGUCUGAGAUGCAGCUGGACCCGUCGCGACAGCCAGCAUACCUCCAUCCAGGCGUACCAGCCGGCGCUAUCCCAUCGCCCUCGCCUCACGCUUCUUACGCUCAGCAGCAGUUUGUGCCGCGUCCCCGAACGAUACCGGUGCCGCCACAACAUCAGCAGCCCAUUGUUGCUCACCCUUCCGGCUCGCCACUGCCGCUCCAGUCCGGUCACCAUCUGGCUCCGGCUCCUGGAAAUCCCCUCUUCGUGCCCCAUGUCUUUGGCACGCCACAGCAGCAGCAACAACAGCAGCAGCCGGUGCCACAACCACCCAUUGGCAACAACAACAACAACAUCAUGAUGCCACAGGCUCUCCCGCCACAGCAGCAACAACAGGCUGGCGUGGUCGGGAUGCCCCCGGUGAUGCCUCCCCAAACUGGCGGUGGCGCCUUUGAUCCCCGCCUCCAGCAGCCGCAGAUGCUGCACAACCGGAUGGUAUCGUCACCUGUGCCGACAGCGCGUGGACCACCUGCGACCCCCUCAGCUGCUGCUGCCAUCGCGGUGCCGCCGCCGACAGUGUUGCCGCCCUCGGGCCCGCCGAUACCGACAGGCUACAUUCCGCCGCGGCCGACGGCAGAGGCGUUUAUUCUGCCAGCCGACAUCGACAGCUCGAUCCCGGCCACCGUGCGCAAGCGCUACCACUGUGACAGCCAGGGUCGGGUCGUCUUCUUCACGGCGCCGUCGGUGCGCCAUGCCGUCGUGGGAGAGGGUGGUGAGGGCGGCAAGGGCGACGCCGACAUCGACAUCGACACCACAGCCGCUGUCGGGCUCGCACAAGAGUAUGCCGGACUUGGCCACAGCGUGCGCUAUCUGCACGGCCUAGACGACUUCCGCGAGGAGCGGCGGCGCAAGCGCAAGGCCCGCGACGAGGCCUUGGCCGAAGAGGCCCGCGCGGCUGCCGAGCAGCAGGCCCGUGACCAGGAGGACUCGGUCCGCCUAUUGUACGGUGCCGCCGGCGAGGCCUUGGGCGGGCUCGUGCAGUGGAUGAAUGAAGGCACGCGAGCCGUCGAGGACAGCCUGGGCGGCUGGGAGACGCCGCAGACGGCGUCCAAGAAGCGUGCCGUCGUCAGCGAGCAGUCGUGA